GCUUGCCAUCUGUACCCUGAGGUACCUGACCUACCCCCCUCCGUACCCUGGUUUCCUACCACCAACCGAACAACCAACAGAACCCAAGUUGCAUCUGCCCGGCCGCAGAGAGCGCUUUACUGACCUGACAUCUUCCAAUCUCCCAGGCUCUCAGGCCGCACUCACAUCUUCGAUUCUCCAUCAACUACCUACCCCACGGCGAGGAGAAUCUACGAUCACGGCCUACAACCAAGCAUCUGCCACACACGCCCACUGACUGUCAAGGGGCAGCGCCUGACCCAGCUGGCAUCAUGGCGGAUCAAUCCAUUAUUCGGAUUACCAAGGAACUCGGCGACAUCCAGCGAACCUCGGAUCUCUCCAUAGCUGUCGCUUGUCGCGAUGUCGAUGUUCGCAAUGUUAAGGCCUUGAUCAUCGGACCUCACGACACUCCCUACGAGUUUGGGUUCUUUGAGUUUGCGAUCAGAUUCAAUAAGGAAUACCCUAGGAAGUCGCCCAACGUCAACGGUAUUACAACGAACGGAGGCCGAUGCCGAUUUAACCCCAACAUUUACUCAUCCGGCAAGGUUUGCUUGUCCAUUCUAGGCACAUGGCGUGGAGAGCGUGGAGAGGAAUGGUCUGCAGCACAAGGCCUCGAAUCUAUCCUCAUUUCAAUCCAGAGCUUAAUGUCCGGAAAUCCUUACGAGAACGAGCCUGGAUUCGAGGAGGCAAAUGAAGCAUCGGAUAAGAAGAAUCAGAAGGACUACGUCCAAAAGAUACGUCACGAAACACUUCGAAUCUCCGUCAUCCAGCGUAUGGAGGAAUACCUUGGUCUCACACCCGACGGCAACGCUAUUGCCCAACAGUCCGCAGCAGACGGAGACCAGCUGGAUACCGACAACGAGGAUAUGGACGAUACGAACGUUCCUUUCGAGCCUUUCAAGGAUUUAUGCAAGCGGCGGUUCCUAUGGUACUACGAUAAUUACCUGCUUGCUGUGCAAAAGGCCAAGGUCGAGGUCAGAGACCACCAGGCGUUUGUGCGCAUGCCGUUUGAAGGUGCUAGCAACACCAUGGACGGCAAGUUCAACUACACAGAACUGGAGAGACGUCUGCGGAAUGUCAAGGCUGCUCUCGACAAUGAGCUCGUCAAGUGGGCCAAGGAUGGCGAGAUUGCGAUCGAGAAGGAGAUGACACUCUCUGUAAACUUGCGCCACCAAUACGAACAAGUGGUGCAGGCGUUCAAACGUCAAGACAUCCCCCACGAUGUCCAGUUGGAGGACAAUAAUCCUUUCGUUUGGGUCAUUACCUACUUCGGACGUCCAAUGACGAACCUUGACGGCGGCUUAUUUCGCUUCAAAAUCCACUUUAGCACCAAGUUCCCCGAGGAGCAACCUCGGGUCAAGUUUCACACACGCAUUUUCCACCACCGCAUUGCAGAGGACGGAACAGUUUGCUAUUUCCCAAACUCACUGAGGAAAGAGGAUGUUCGGACUCACAUCGAGGCUGUAUUCACGGCCCUGGAGGAAGAAGAUCCGGCGUACGACCCUCGAACCUUGGUACACCCUGAAGCACAUACGCUUUACUGGGGAGGCGCCGAAUCGCGGAAGAACUACAACAGGCGUCUCCGUAGAUCUGUGCAGCAGAGCAUGGAUGACUUAUGAUAUUGCGUCUGAAAACCACCUUCAGGCUAAGGUAUAUCAUGAUGUGUGUGCUUGUGCUUACAACGCGACCAUUUCGGUACAAAGAUCGACUCUUUUUUUCGGUCAUAAUGAGGACGGUAGUAAAAAUUGAUCUCGGCUCGUCCAGGUUCAACUCGCUUUCAAUGGUCCGGACGGCGUUAACGGCAUCGGAAUCAUGCAUAUCAGGAACGGGCUUGGGAUUGUCCCGCUAGACUCCAGUAGAUACCUCGAAUAAU